AUGAUUGUUGCAGCCCAACAAGCAGGUCAAGGCGUAGCCAUACCAUCACUGUAUGAAAUAAAGCAUAAGUACUUAGAUAUGAAACACACAGACAUGCAAGCCUAUGUGGAAAAGGUAAAGGAAGAUUGGGGUGUGUAUGGAUGCACCAUCAUGAGUGAUGGAUGGACUGGCCCCACGAGGUUGUCCAUAAUAAAUUUCAUGGUAUACUCAAACGAGAAAACAAUUUUUUUGAAAUCAAUGGAUACGUCAAAUAAAACCAAUGAUGCAAAGUACAUUGCCAAAUUGUUGAAGGAUGUCAUAAAAGAGGUUGGGCCGUCGAAUGUUGUUCAUAUUGUCACCAACAAUGGUUCAGCCUUUGUUAAGGCUGGAGAGAUGAUGAUGGAGCAGUACCCUAUUUAUUGGACUCCUUGUGCUGCACAUUGCAUUGAUCUAAUAUUUGAAGAUAUUGGGAAGCAAGGGUCAGUGGCUAAUGUCAUAAAUAAGGCUAGGAAAUUAACCAAUUACAUUUACAAUCAUGGUUGGCUAUUGGCUCAGAUGAGGAUCUUCUGUCAAGGAGAUUUGGUCCGACCCAAUGCAACUCAAUUUGCGACAAACUACAUCACCAUCAAUAGCAUCUUAAAUAAGAAAGCUGGGUUGAGGCACUUUUUACAAGUGAGGAAUGGUAUAAUAGUCGAUUAG